AUGAUAAUUUCAUCACACUUAGACCAACGAAACCGAUGUUGGGAAAACCAUACCAGCAGACAGCCGAGUAGAGCCAAAAGAUGGAAAGGCUUAGACAGAGAGACGGAAUCUACGAGAGAUAACGGACUUGGAGCGCUCAGUGGGAUCGGAGCCAUCAGCGCGUUGGGAAGUUUAGGUGGACUUCACAUUAAAGUGGAACAUUACGGAGAGAGCGAAGAGUUACAGACACGAUUAGCAAACUCUUCAUCGUCCGAAGAGGAGGGAGGAGAAGAAGAGGAGAAUUUAAACGAGCAAGAAUCAGGUUUACAAGAGUGUGAGAGUAAACUCCAGAAACGCCGGAAACGCAGGAAAUCUCAGCAGAAGUGGGAACGCAGUCGCAGGAUUCGCUUGUCCACGGAUUCUCCCAGUCCGAUUCCUUUGGGCGAGAAUGCCACGUUAGCGGAGAAUUUAGCGACUUCGGCUAACUCUCCGACGAACUCCACAGCGAUGUCAGCUUCCUCUGUGCUGAAAAUCAAAACGGAAAUGGCAGAACCGAUAAACUUUGAUAACGACAGCAGCAUUUGGAACUACCCGCCGAACCGGGAGAUUUCCAGGAAUGAGCCGCCGUACAGCAUGACGGCGAAACCAGCGUCAACGAACAACAACGGAACGCCUGAAUCCUUCCCGUCGCCGCAGGGCCAGAGCGUCGCCAUUCCGGACUCGGUGCUGACUCCGCCCGGGAACGACGGAGGGGGCGGAGCUACUGUGCGGAAAACGGCAAGCUUUAACGGUAACUCCACGCCAUCGUCUUCAGCGAGCGUGACAAGUUUAGCUCCGCCCUCCAGCGUGUCCUCUGCAGAUCCGCUGUCUCCGCCUCUAUCGGCGUCUCCGCGGGACAAGCAGCAGACCACGCCCACUACGUCCUCCACCAGCCCCGCCUCUUCCUGUGCGAGCUCCGCCCCCUCUUCUUCUGGCCCCGCGGUGCUGUACUCCGGAGACCUGGAGGCGCUGCAACGACUUCAGGCCGGAAACGUGGUUCUUCCUCUGGUGCACCGAGUGAGUGGGACGCUGGCCCCGACGAGUACCAGCGCCCCCAGAGUGUAUACCACCGGGACUAUCAGGUACGCUCCGGCCGAUGUGACUCUCGCGAUGGCGCAGGGAAACCUUUUGCCGAACGCCGCGGUGAACUUCGUGGACGGCUCUGGUUUUGGUCUGGACCCGAAAACGCCGAUGGAGAUGCUGUACCACCACGUGCACCGGCUCAACAUGUCUGCAGCCGCCGCUGGGCCAUUUGUGGGCGCGAGUACGAAUCCCGCCUCCGGGCAAGUCACGACGGCCGAGGGGCUUUUCUCCUCACUGCCUUUUCCUGUCUACAGCAACGGCAUCCACGCCACGCAGGGCAGCCUGGAGCGCAAGGAGGACUGA